UGGGAUUGAAAAAUUUUAGUAUUUUGACUCUAAAUGUAAAGUCUGGUGUUAAAGUGUGCAGAAGUAGAUAUUAUAUUCAUAAAUCAGCAUAAUUCAGAGUCACUGAAGGCUGCCUCUCUCUCUUUAGGUGUGUGAACAGCGUGAGGUCAGAUGAUCCGGCUCUGAGCAGCUCGAGGCGUCCACAGACAGACAGACAGACACAGGCCGGCCGUCAGUGUGGAGUAACUGUGGAGCGAGCGGCGUGCGUGUGUUUCCAUGCCCUGGUUCCAUGCUCGAGUCUCAGGGAUGGAGCUACAGGUUCAGACCCGCUGGACAUCACUGCUGUUUCUGCUGGGUUUGCUGUGGCUGCUCUGGUCCGCUCAGGCGAAUGUGUUGGAAAGCAUGUUACUGAGGAAUUCUGGGAAGGUGACGGCGGGCGGUGGUAAGGAGAGCAGCGGCAGCACCACACCGCUGAUUCCAGAGAGGAUGUUAUUGUGUCACUGUUAUCAUCACUGUCCUGAAGACUCCACCAACAACACCUGCAGGACUGAUGGUUACUGCUUCACUAUGGUGGAGGAAGAAGAGGGUGGCUCUCCGGUGCUCACGUCCGGCUGUCUGGGGUUGGUGGGCUCAGAGUUUCAGUGCAGGGACACUGGGAACGCUCGACUGAGGAGGAUCCUGGAAUGCUGCACAGAUCAGGAUUUCUGUAACCGAGACCUCCAUCCGACGCUGCCUCCGCUCAAGAGACCCGAUCAGGACAGCAGAAUUCAUCACAUAGCUCUGUUCUCCUCAAUGGGCGUCUGCUUCAUCUUGCUGGUUUUCGUCAUAUACUUCUACCGCAGAUAUCAGCGUCAGGGGAUGCGGGCGCGCUACAGCAUGGGUCUGGAGCAGGACGAGAGCUUCAUUCCCGCUGGAGAAUCUCUGAAGGAUCUGAUCGAACAGUCUCAGAGCUCCGGCAGCGGAUCAGGACUCCCUCUGCUGGUGCAGCGAACCAUCGCCAAACAGAUCCAGAUGGUGAAGCAGAUCGGGAAGGGCCGUUACGGCGAGGUGUGGAUGGGCCGCUGGAGGGGCGAACGGGUCGCCGUCAAGGUCUUCUUCACCACAGAAGAGGCCAGCUGGUUCAGAGAGACCGAGAUCUACCAGACCGUCCUGAUGAGACACGAGAACAUCCUGGGUUUCAUCGCGGCGGAUAUCAAGGGCACAGGCUCGUGGACGCAGCUGUAUCUGAUCACGGACUAUCACGAGAACGGCUCGCUGUACGACUACCUCAAAUCCACCACGCUGGACAGCAAAGCGCUGCUGCGGCUGGCGUACUCCGCCGUGUCCGGCCUCUGCCACCUGCACACCGAGAUCUUCGGCACGCAGGGCAAGCCGGCCAUCGCUCACCGAGACCUGAAGAGCAAAAACAUCCUGGUGAAGAAGAACGGCACCUGCUGCAUCGCUGACCUCGGGCUCGCCGUCAAAUUCAUCAGGUACAGCAGCUAAUGCAUCUGUGGCCUUUAUAACUAUUACAUUCGGGUCGGCACCAAACGCUACAUGCCUCCGGAGGUGCUGGACGAAAGCCUGAACAGCUGCCAUUUCCAGUCCUACAUCAUGGCAGACAUGUACAGCUUCGGCCUGAUCCUGUGGGAGAUGGCCAGGAGAUGCGUGUCCGGCGGGAUCGUGGAGGAGUAUCAGCUGCCGUAUCACGACCUUGUGCCGACCGACCCGUCCUACGAGGACAUGAGGGAGGUGGUGUGCGUCAAGAGACAGAGACCCUCGUUCCCCAACCGCUGGAGCAGCGAUGAGUGUCUGCGGCAGAUGGGCAAACUGAUGACCGAGUGCUGGGCUCACAAUCCUGCGUCCCGUCUGACUGCCCUGCGGGUGAAGAAGACCCUCGCCAAGAUGUCCGAGUCUCAAGACAUCAAACUGUGACACGAGCGUCGCUCCGAGGAGACACAGCGGCUUUAUCCUGCUUUCUGUGAAAGUUCAUUCGAGCCGCUCACCCGACAGCGAAGCAGGACACCACAGAUAAACACUGACCGUCAACCCAUAAACACUCAACAUGCAGCUCUAACUCUCAAUACUCAUCCACAGCUUUUUGGAAGCAAACAAACAACUAAAUGAUCCAAUGAAAUGUAUUUUCCAACUCUGACCCACACAACAUUACAAAUGAAGCUUUUUCCUCUCACAUUUUCCCGAAGACUUAUGGAAAUGACGGCCAGGUUUAUCAUCCAGUCGUUUCCUCGCUCUGCAGAAAUACGUCCUUGUAGAAUAUGAAUGUACAUAUUGAAUGUCAUGCGUUAAAGACAAAUGUUUUGGUGCGUUACAUGAACGUUUGUACAGGAUGUUUUCUUUCAUGUUGCCUUGUGCCUUAUUUAACAAACAUGUAAAAGUUUAAUAUUUCAUAGUUCUGUGUAAAUGUGACAACAUAGUGUCUAACAUUCCCGUCCCUUUAAUAAAAUGAAUUAAGUUCUG